UUUUGAUCUGCUGCAUAAAAGCUGAAGAGUCGAAGUCACGACCUGGAGACGAAUUCAUCGCACGCUGGAGAUGGAAAUGAGUCUAAAAGAGUUUUUAGCAGCUGUCUCCCAAAGCCUACCUGUGUCCACAGAUCAUUUUGUGCAGGAGUUCCUUCAGGUUCUCCACCAGGAUUCGUUUUCCUGCGUGGUUCCUGUGGGAGUGGCUGCUACCUUUGUGUCCGUCCUCUCAGCCGUCUUUGUGGCAUAUCGGUGGAACCGAACCCCGAACCGCAGUUCCUCCGAACUGCAAGAUGCUGUAGGAAAGAACAAUAAACGUGACGUUUGUGUCCAAACAGAAGUAGAGGAAGGUGAUGCACCCUGCACAGUGGGAGGUAAAGAGACAGAAAAGACUCAUGCGAUGAAGACGAAUCCGAGAAGCCAGGUCUCCCUGGGUCAACUGCGGAGCGUUGUCACGACGACGUGGAUAAACAAACUGGAAGAGCGUUUGAAACAAAGUGACGUCCUUCAAAAACAGCUGGAGAACGAGCUGGAAACUGCAAGAAGAGACCUGGAGAUCGGCUGUCAGCAGAUUGGCAGAAAACUUAUGCAGAAAGAUGAAGAAGUGAAUAAGAUCAACCAGAAACUGAAGAAAAUGACUGAGGAGUACAACAAGCAGCAGAGCUUGCUACAAGAAUCCAAGCGUGAAGCCAAGUCUCUGGUCCAGGAGAACCAGGACUUAGAGAAACAGCUGAGUGAAGUUAGGAAAGACGACGUGAAGCAGUCUGAAGCUGAAGUCCUGCAGCAGCUGAAGUCUGAACAGCUAAAGAGAGAAGAAGCUGAAAAAUCCCUGCAGGAGUUGAAAACAGAGCUGGACACCAAAACCCAGAAGCUGGAGAGUUUAUCAAAAAAGGUUGAAAUUCUCCAUGAGACGAUGAAGAAGACAGAAGAGUCACAGCAGGUGUUGAUGAAGGAGCUGGAAAACCAUAAAAACCAGCAGAAAGAAACGGAUCCUGAACGAUCUGCAGCCGUCGAGGAGUCAAACCUGGAGAACAUAUCAGAGAUAACGGAGCUCCGCAAAGAGCUGACAGACGCCCAGGUUCAGACUGAGGCUCUGACUGAAAGGAACCAGCAGCUGGAGGCUCAGCUGGCUGACCUGAAGGGGAGAUACUACCAGGAGUUUAAAGCAAUAAUUUCAGAGGAGCGAGAGUGGAGGGAGGAGCUUGACAGAGACCUGAAGGUUCUGAGGAAGGAAUAUGAAAAUAAGAACAACAAGCUGAGAGGAAUCCAAAAAGAGGCAGAAUGGAAAACCUCUGAAGACGUUUCAGCACCGGCAGAGGAAGAGGAAAUCCAUGAAGAAGAUUCAUAAAAAUAUAUAUUAAAUAGUGUUUAGAUGAACUGAACUUCACCAGUUAGCUAGUGACAACUCUGAAACUGAUAUUUUUAAUGUAAGGCUUGGAAAACAGUCAAUUUAAUCACAUUAUUUAAUUAGGUGAUGGUGUGAUAUACUGAGUUUCUUUUGUUGUAUAAAUUUAAACCAAAGUUAUCAGAAACAGUCUAAAUGUAAUUAUUUUUGCACAAUAUUUAUUUUCUUGUAUUAUCAACGAGACAGAGAACUGGUUUGGAUUACUUUACUUACAGUUAAUUUAAAGUGUCCAGUUGUGUUUCAUGCUGCAACAAGAUGUAUUUGUUUUCAAAUAAAAAUGUUUUCCACUUU